GCGAACAAAACCCGUUCUCUCGCCGACAGCCGCAUCGGUAACCCUCAUUCCCUCGUUCCUCCGCUGGAAGAAGACGGGUCGGAUAUACAGUACCAACUAGAAAGUCCAGUCCGACCAAAAACGAGAUGACACAGGAGCAUGACAAUAAACGGGCAGUGCUGGUGCUACAGAAUGAUCCAGCCUACAGUCAACGACGAGCCUUCACCAGUGAAGAUGAAGCAUGGAAAUCCUUCCUGGAGAACCCACUUACAGCUGCCACCAAAGCAAUGAUGAGCAUUAAUGGAGAUGAGGACAGUGCUGCUGCUCUAGGCCUUCUCUAUGACUAUUACAAGGUGCCACGGGAAAAAAGGACAAUAUCCCAGCCAAAGGCCGACAUCCUAGGCUCUGAUGUGGAUCCCAACAAAAGCAGAAACCUCAUGGCUCCUCUCCCAGAGGCCACAAUGACAUCAGCUGACAACAGGAUCCAGGUUCUGAAGGGAGUCCCACUGAACAUUCUUCUUCCUGGUAAUCAGCUGGUGCAGGACAAGAGAGCAGUGUUCCCCUCACCUGACACCACAGUCACCGUGUCCAUCGCUGCUAUGCCCAGUUACCCUGUAAAGACUGAGGAACCAUCGCAUGCUUUCUCUGUCACUGUGCCAAACCCGCACUGUUCUGAGUCUGAGGAUCAUACAGUGUCAUUCGGGCGUCAGCUUGCCCACAGUCAGUUCAGCCCCAACACACAGCCCCGUACACCAGACUCUACUUUCCCUGAGACCUUCAAGGAUGGGGGUCAGGAGGUGUUCACGUUCCCAGGGGAUCUCCAGUUACGGAUGGGAUCCAUUGCACAAGAGGACUAUCCUGCCUUCGACACCGUGUCAGGGAAUAAUUUUGAGUACACACUGGAAGCCUCAAAGUCGCUUCGGCAGAAGUCAGGUGACGGCACAAUGACAUACCUCAAUAAGGGCCAGUUCUACCCUAUCACUCUAAAGGAAACAGACAACAGCAAAGUCCUUCACCAUCCCAUCUGCAAAGUCAGGAGCGUUGUAAUGGUUGUGUUCGGUGAGGAAAAAUGCAGGGAGGACCAGCUCAAGCACUGGAAGUAUUGGCACUCCAGACAGCACACAGCCAAACAGAGAUGCAUCGACAUCGCCGACUACAAAGAAAGCUUCAAUACCAUCAGCAACAUCGAGGAGAUCUCCUACAAUGCUAUUUCCUUCACAUGGGACAUCAACGAGGAGGCAAAGAUCUUCAUCUCGGUCAACUGCCUGAGCACAGACUUUUCCUCUCAGAAGGGUGUGAAGGGGCUCCCACUAAAUCUGCAGAUUGACACGUACAGCUACAACAACCGCAGCAACAAGCCUAUUCACCGUGCCUACUGCCAGAUCAAGGUGUUCUGCGACAAGGGUGCAGAGAGGAAGAUCCGGGAUGAGGAGCGCAAACAGUCACGCAGGAAGGGCAAAUGUGCUGAUGUCAACCCCAACAUGGCUCCUUUUGCAGAUGCCAAAAUGCCUCUGAUGCACAAGCGUAGUGAUAUAACUGUGUUUAAGAUGAUGACAGACUUGGACACUCAGCCCGUCCUCUUCAUCCCAGACAUCCACUUUGCAAAUUUCCAGCGCCAUCCUUUCUCUCCUGAGGAAGCAGAAGAUGGCUCAGGAAUGAAACGAUUACCCUUCUCAGAAGAUGAGUUUGGAUCUCCUCCUAAUAAAUUGGCCAGGGUGGAUGAACCAAAGAAAGUUUUGCUGUAUGUGCGGAAAGAGAGUGAGGAGGUCUUUGAUGCCCUCAUGCUGAAGACGCCUACAUUGAAAGGACUGGUGGAAGCAAUUUCAGAGAAGUAUGAUGUUCCUCUUGAGAAACUGGGGAAGGUCUACAAGAAGUGCAAAAAAGGGAUCCUGGUCAACAUGGACGAUAAUAUUAUCAAGCAUUAUUCCAAUGAGGACACCUUUCAGAUCCAGAUGGAGGAGUUGGGUGGGAUGGUGAAGCUCACACUCACUGAGAUUUGAAUGGCCUCCUCCCCUAAUAUGGACUUGUUUACAUGCUUCUAUGUCCAUGGCCUUGGAGGUACCUCGGGCCUUCUGUGCACUUCUUAUCUGUGGCUUUCUACAUGUUGCUAAAACUAAGCUUUUCUCCCCGAAAGCUCCCCAACUCCUGUUCUGUGUGUGUGUGCAUCUGUUAUGACAUGAAGUGUAUGCCAAACUAUGCAAUGUGUAAAAUGUGUGUGUUUGUGUUGGGGGGAGGGGGGGGGCGACAUGUGUAUGCCGUGAUUUAUAAAUCCUGAAAUUUUGAGCCAUAUGUUCUAUUUUUGGAAUGUAGAAAAACAUCUUUCGUUUUGAAUAUUCUGAGAAUCUGAGAAAGAGCCAAGCUACUCCAAAGUCAGAUUCCCUUUUAAUAUUUAAUCUGUGUUAUAGAGCUUUAAAAACCAAUAGGAGAUCAGGAUCUUUAAGGGCAAGAGCUGAAUGCAUGCAGUAAAUGGGGUAUUGUUGCUGUUAGAGGGAUUUUAGGGCAUUCUUACUGGUUUCUGUAUUUAUACAUAAACACUGAGCAGUAUUUAGUGUGUACAGCAUAACCCCAUGCUGAGCAGCUCUAUGAGGUACUGUGUCACCAGUGUUGCUUGUAUAUGUAUGUGUGUAUAAGUGCAUAUUAUGUUUCUGUGUAAAAAUGUUUGAGGACGAAUUAUAAUUUUAUCCCUAAACAGGUAACAUACUUAAAAUGAAUUCAUUCAUGUUUGCAUGUCAAAGAGGACAUUUCUUCAUGUGCAUACAAACAAGUGGGGAACAAAUUAUGUGGCCUAAGUAAUAUCCCUGAUGGAGAAACUAACAGUGCAGAUUUUUUUUCUGCUGGUUCUGGUGCUGGUUAACUAGCAAAACCAGAGGGAGCAUAAAUAAAUAAUUUAUUUAGUAAGAUCUUAAGUGUUUUCAUUAAUUAAGACUUUCUAAAAACCUGCACAAUAGAGAAUGAUAAAUUACUCAUACAAGACCAGAAUUACAGUACCAUGCAAGUCAAGACAUGAGUUUCUGAACACAGAAUGCCAAGUCACUAGUAUUACAUUUAGAACCAUCAGUAGUUUAUUCAUUGUCCAUGGAUCAUUGCUUUCUAAAACUUUUGUCUUUACUAUUGUCUUUAUCAGUCAUCCAGUUUGGAGUCUUUUUUUUACACUACAAAUUGUAUAGUAUCAGGGUUUUUUUAAAAAACAGUUUUCUAACUCACUUAUCUGCUGAUUUUUGUAUCAAAGUACUUACCUAUAUAUUUAUUGUUAUAUUUGGAUGGGGUGUUUUUUUUUAUAUUGUUCUGCAAACAAAAUGCAUUGCUAUUAUAAACUGUUACAUGUUAAAUGAUUUUGUAUGGAAUCAAAAUUAUAAAACUAUAAUGUAUUUAUGCACAGGGUAAACAUGUUUAUUUUUCAGCUCCUACAGCACUGUUUGCCUCUUGAUCCUUGAUCCUACAGCUACAUCUUAGAUUUGAUGUUAAGGUCAUCUGGCAACAUGUAUCAAAAUCGAAAAAGUUUCAAAUAUGCUUUGCUGUAUGGCUUUAGCUGUUAUUAUGUGCACACAUUUUCUUUUAGUCGCAAUAAAAGCCAGCAUGGCUUGGCUGUUGUGAUUG